AAGGCUCGCGUCAUCUCGCAGCAGCCCAACGAGCGCUCCUACCACAUGUUCUACCAGAUCAUGUCGGGUGCCAUUUCCGGCCUCAAGGACAUGCUCGGCUUGACGUCCAGCAUCCGGGUGUACCGGUCGUCUCGCAGGGCAAAACCCACCAUCCCUGCGUCGACGAUGGCGAGAUGAUGCAGGAGACGGAUGAGUCGUUCGACAUCCUCGGCUUUAACCAGGAGGAGAAAGAUAACAUUUAUAAGAUUGUGGCUUCGGUGAUGCACCUGAGCACGCUCAAGUUCAAGCAGCGCGGUCGCGAGGAGCAGGCUGAGGCCGACGGCAAGGAUGAGGGUGACCGUGUCGCCAAGCUGGUCGGAGUUGAGGGGCCCCAGCUCUACUUGAACCUGCUCAAGCCCAAGAUCAAGGUCGGCAACGAGUUUGUGACUCAAGGUCGCAACAAGGACCAGGUCUACUAUUCGGUGGGCGCGCUGGCCAAGGCCAUGUACGACCGCAUGUUCAAGUGGUUGGUGAAGAAGGUGAACCUGACUCUGGACACCAAGCAGAAGCGGCACCGCUUCAUCGGCGUGCUCGACAUUGCCGGCUUCGAAAUCUUCGACUUCAACGGAUUCGAGCAGCUCUGCAUCAACUUCACCAACGAGAAGCUGCAGCAGUUCUUUAACCACCACAUGUUCGUACUCGAGCAAGAAGAGUACAAACGCGAGGGUAUCGACUGGGUGUUUGUCGACUUCGGAAUGGACCUGCAAGCCUGUAUUGAGUUGAUGGAGAAGCCGAUGGGAGUGCUCUCGCUGCUCGAGGAAGAGAGCAUGUUCCCCAAGGCCACCGACAAGACGUUCGAGGAGAAGCUGAAGAACAACCACCUGGGCAAGUCGUCCUGCUUCAUCAAGCCCAGGCCCCCCAAGCAGGGCCAGGCGGAGGCCCACUUCGCCAUCGUCCAUUAUGCCGGCACGGUGGCGUACAACCUGAUCGGCUGGCUGGAGAAGAACAAGGACCCGCUGAACGACACCGUGGUGGACCAGUUCAAGAAGGGUGCCAACGCGCUGGCCGUGGCCAUCUUCGCCGACCAUCCGGGACAGUCGGGCGGCAAGGACGAGAGCGGCGGCAAGGGCGCCAAGCGCACCAAGGGCUCUGCCUUCCAGACCGUCUCCGCCAUGUACCGGGAGCAACUUAACAACCUGAUGGUGACGCUGCGGGCCACCCAGCCGCACUUCAUCCGCUGCAUCAUCCCCAACGAGACCAAGUCGGCCGGCGUCAUCGACUCCCACCUGGUGAUGCAUCAGCUCACCUGCAACGGCGUGCUGGAAGGCAUCCGUAUCUGUCGCAAGGGCUUCCCCAACCGCAUGGUCUACGCCGACUUCAAGCACCGCUACACGAUCCUGGCGCCGAAACAGAUGAAGGCGCUCAGUGAUGACAAGGAGGCCACCGAAAAGUGCCUGGAGGUCAUUGAUCUGGAACACGAAAAGUACCGAAUCGGUCACACCAAGGUGUUCUUCCGUGCCGGCGUGCUGGGACAGAUGGAGGAGCUGCGCGAUGACCGCCUCUCCAAGAUCUUCAGUUGGCUGCAGUCCUGGAUCCGCGGCUACUUCUCCCGCAAAGAGUUCAAGAAGCUCCAGAAGCAGAGGCUGGCGCUCCAGGUGGUACAGCGCAACCUGCGCAAGUACAUGCAGCUGCGCAACUGGAUGUGGUUCAAGCUGUGGCAGAAGAUCAAGCCCAUGCUCAACGUCAGCCGUAUCGAGGAUGAGAUGCGGGCGCUCGAGGCGAAGGCCGACAAGGCGACCGCCUCUCAGGAGAAGGAGUCGAAGCUGCGCAAGCAGCUGGACGACCAGAAUCAGAAGCUCAACAACGAAAAGAACGAGCUGCUGGCUGCGCUCGAAGCCGAGAAGGGCUCCCUUAGCGAGUACCACGCUAAGCAGCAGAAGCUGAUGGCGCAGAAGAAGUCGCUGGAGAAACAGCUGGCGGAGACGUCCGACCGUCUGGCCGAGGAGGAGGAGGCCCGCGAGAGCUUGAUGCAGGCCAAGAAGAAGAUGGAGCAGGAGCUGAACCACAUCAAGAAGGAUUUGGAGGACCUGGAGCUGACCAUCCAGAAGGGCGAGCAGGACAAGGCCACGAAGGAUCACCAGAUCCGCAACCUCAACGACGAGAUCGCCCACCAGCAAGAGCUCAUCGCCAAGCUGAACAAGGAGAAGAAGCAGCUGCAGGACAACCAGCAGAAGACUGCCGAGGACCUGCAGUCGCAGGAGGACCGCGUCAACCACCUCAACAAGGUGAAGGCCAAGCUGGAACGGUCGCUGGACGAGCUGGAGGACUCUGUGGAGCGCGAGAAGAAGCUGCGCGCCGACGUUGAGAAGAACAAGCGGAAGGUGGAGGGUGACCUGAAGCUGACCCAGGAGGCCGUGGCUGACCUGGAGCGCAACAAGAAGGAGCUCGAACAGACCAUCGCGCGCAAGGACAAGGAGAUUGCCUCGCUGUCCGCCAAGCUCGAGGACGAACAGUCCCUGGUGAACAAGCUGCACAAGCAGAUCAAGGAGCUGCAGGCCCGCAUCGAGGAGCUGGAGGAGGAGCUCGAGACGGAGAGGCAGGCGCGCGCCAAGGCCGAGAAGCAGCGCGCCGAUCUGGCCCGCGAGCUGGAGGAGCUUGGCGAGCGCCUGGACGAGGCGGGUGGCGCCACUGCCGCUCAGAUCGAGCUCAACAAGAAGAGGGAGGCCGAACUGGCCAAGCUGCGGCGCGACAUCGAGGAGCAGAACAUCCAAAACGAGUCCGCGCUGGCUGGCCUGCGCAGGCGCCACAAUGACGCCAUCGGCGAGAUGUCCGAGCAGAUCGACCAGCUUAACAAGAUGAAGGCCAAGGCCGAGAAGGACCGCGAGUCGUCGGCCGCCGAGGUCAUGGACCUCCGAUCCGGUCUAGACUUCGCCACCAGCGAGAAGGCGGCGGCGGAGAAGAUGAACCGGGUGCUGGAGCAGCAGACCUCCGAAGCUAGCAGCAAGCUUGACGAGGCCAACCGAAGCCUCAAUGAGUUCGAGGCUGCCAAGAAGAAGCUCACCAUGGAGAACGCUGAUUUCACGCGCCAGCUGGAGGAGACCGAGCAGCAGAUCUCGCAACUCUCCAAGACCAAGGUGUCGCUCACCACUCAGCUGGAGGAUACGCGCAAGAUGGCCGACGAGGAGUCGCGCGAGAAGUCUGGCAUCCUUGGCAAAUACCGCAACCUUGAGCACGAGAUGGACUGCCUCCGCGAACAGGUGGAGGAGGAAGCCGAGCACAAGGCCGAGCUGCAACGCCAGCUGAGCAAGAUCAACGCCGAGGCCCAGAUGUGGAAGCAGAAGUACGAGCAGGACGGCCUGGCCAGGGUGGAGGAGCUGGAGGAGCAGCGCGGCAAGCUGGCCAACCGCCUGCAGGAGGCCGAGGAGCAGCUGGAGUCGCUCAACACCAAGAACAACCAGCUGGAGAAGCUGAAGUCGCGGCUGGCUGGCGAGCUGGAGGACAUGCACAUGGAAGUGGACCGCGCCCAGCAGCUGGCGCUGGCCAUGGAGAAGAAGGCCCGCAACUUCGACAAGGUGGUGUCCGAGUGGAAGAUGAAGGUGGAGGACCUGUCUGCCGAGCUGGACGCCUCACAGAAGGAGUGCCGCAACUACAGCACCGAGCUCUUCCGCGUCAAGGCUGCCUACGAGGAGUCGCAGGAGCAGCUCGACUCCAUCCGCCGUGAGAACAAGAACCUGGCCGAUGAGAUCAAGGACCUGAUGGACCAGAUCGGCGAGGGUGGCCGCAACAUCCACGAGGCCGAGAAGGCGCGGAAGCGUCUGGAGGUGGAGAAGGAGGAGCUGCAGUCGGCGCUGGAGGAGGCUGAGGGCGCGCUGGAGCAGGAGGAGAACAAGGUGCUCCGCGGCGAGCUGGAGCUGCAGCAGGUCCGCCAGGAGACCGACCGGCGCAUUGCCGAGAAGGAGGAGGAGUUCGAGAACACGCGCAAGACGCACCAGCGCGCGCUCGACUCGAUGCAGGCGUCCCUGGAGGCCGAGGCCAAGGGUCGCGCCGAGGCCAUGCGUAUGAAGAAGAAGCUGGAGCAGGACAUCAACGAGCUGGAGAUCGCGCUGGACCACGCCAACAAGGCCAACGCCGAGGCGCAGAAGACGAUCCGCCGUUACCAGGCCGAGCUCACCGAGACGCAGGCGCGCCUCGAGGAGGAGAUCCGGCUGCGCGACGACCUGCGCGAGCAGCUGGGCACCUCGGAGAGACGCGCCAACGCUCUGGGCGCCGAGCUGGAGGAGAGCAGGACUCUCCUGGAGCAGGCCGACCACGGCAGACGACAGGCCGAGCUGGACCUGGCCGAGAACCAGGACGCGCUCGCCGAGAUGCAGGCCAACUAUACGGCGGCCAGCAUCGCGAAGCGGAAGCUGGAGGGAGAGGUGCAGUCGCUGCACGCCGACUUGGAUGAGAUGCUCAACGAGGCCAAGAACUCCGAGGAGAAGGCCAAGAAGGCCAUGGUGGAUGCCGCCAGGCUGGCUGACGAACUACGUGCUGAGCAGGAGCACUCCAUGUCGCAGGCCAAGCUGUGCAAGUCCCUCGAGCUGCAAAUCAAGGAUCUCCAGGCCCGCGUGGAGGACGCAGAGCAGAACGCCAUCAAGGCCAGCCGCAAGAUCAUCGCCAAGCUGGAGGACCGCGUGAGGACGGUCGAGCAGGACCUGGACACGGAGCAGCGGCGUCACAGCGAGGCGCAGAAGAACCUGCGCAAGACCGAGCGGCGCAUCAAGGAGCUCAGCUUCCAGACGGAGGAGGACAAGAAGAACCACGAGCGCAUGCAGGACCUGGUGGACAAGCUGCAGCAGAAGAUCAAGACGUACAAGCGGCAGAUCGAGGAGGCUGAGGAGAUCGCUGCUCUCAACCUGGCCAAGUUCAGGAAGGCGCAGCAGGAGCUGGAGGAGACGGAGGAGCGGUGCGACAUGGCCGAGGCAACCCUGGCCAAAAUCCGUGCCCGCGGACGGGGCAUGUCUCCCGUGCGCGGCGCCAGCCCGAUGGCGAUGUAAGAUGCCCGCACACUUCGACGCAGGACUUGCAGGGUCAGCCGUCGAGGUCCCCAGGCAGCCCCCCGCCCUGGAGCAGGCCUCUGCGGCUGACCGACAGACGGACGCGCAGACAGACAGACAAUCUCCCGGUCGGCCAGUUGCCGUCGGCUGUCCCAGCCGCCGGCGGUGACUGCGCGGCCGUCAGCCCAUCACACCGACAAGAUGGCGGCCGCGGCGGACCAGACAAAAUGGCGGACGGCCGUCGGCCGGCCGUUCCCCGCGGAGCCGCUCACAGACAGCUGCCGCCCGGUGCAGACGCGCAUGCAGACAGCACAAAAUGGCGGCGAGCCACGGGCGGCCAGCAUGACACUGGAGCAGGAGUCGGCGGCGGAUGGUUGGCUGGCGCGGACGCCAUGUUGUUUCCGUGACUUCACUUCGCUGAACUUCGUGUUGAAUGAUGUGCGCAGACGCGAAUACAUAGCUAAAGGAGCUGUA